AAGCUGGUUAUUAAGACCAGCUGCCUGCAAUUACUGCAGGGUUCGAAUCUCGCCAAGGCUCAAGGUUGACUCAGCCUUCCAUUCUUUCUAAGGUAGGUAAAUUGAGGACCCAGUUGUGGGGGCAAUAAGCUGACUUUGUAUAAAUAUACAAAAGAAUGAAGGCUAUUGCUGAGCACAUUGUAAGCCGCCCUGAGUCUUCGGAGAAGGGCGGCAUAUAAAUCAAAUUUAAAAAAAAAAAAAAAAGUGAAUGUAUUGAAAGGAAAAUAUAAAUUAAAAAUAGUAGAUAGUAUUAAAUAUUUAGGUUUUGACAUCCCCAAAAAUAUUCAAGAGUUAAAGAAAAUAAAUUAUGAAAAGUUAAAGAAAGAUAUAAAAAAUAAAAUAGAUAAAUAUGAGAAAAUAAAAUUAUCAUAGUUUGGAAGAAUUGCAAUGAUAAAAAUGAAAGUUUUACCAAAAUUUAUUUUUUUGUUUUGGAUGAUCUUAAUUAAAUUUUCAGAUCAAGAAUUAAAGCAAAUACAAAGGUUGCUGGAGGUGUAUUGUAAAGGAGGUAAGAGAGCAAGAAUAAGUAAAGCAUUAUGGUAUGAUCCAUUAAAAAAGGGUGGGCUGGGUCUUCCAAAUGUUAGAAAUUAUUGAGUAGCUAAUCAAUUAAAGGUGGUCCCAUAUCUGAUAUGAUAUGAUAUGAUAUGAUAUGAUAUGAUAUGAUAUGAUAUGAUAUGAUAUGAUAUUACAGAACAGAACAGAAUUCUUUAUUGAUCAAGUGUGAUUGGACACACAAGGAAUUUGUCUUUGAUGCAUAUGCUCUCAGUGUACAUAAAGAAAAAUAAAACACAUUCAUCAAGAAUCAUAAGAUACAACACUUAGUGAUAGUCAUAGGAUACUAAUAAUCAAAUUGUACUAGGAAACAAAUAAAACAAUAUAAAUUGUAAAGAUACAAGUAACAUGGUUAUAGUCGUAAGUGGGAAGAGAUAGGUACUAGGAAGGAUGAGAAGAAUAAUAGUAAUACAGUCUUAGUAAAUAAUUUGAUAGUGUUGUGGGAAUUAGUUGUUAAGCAGAGUGAUGGCAUUCAGGAAAAAAGUGUCCUUGUGUCUAGUUGUUCUGGUGUGCAGUGCCAUAUAGCGUCGUUUUGAGAUUAGAAGUUGAAACAAUUUAUGUCCAGGAUAUGAGGGGUCUGUAAAUAUUUUCACAGCCUUUUUUGUAACUCGUGCAGUAUAAAGGUCCUCAAUAGAAGGCAGGUUGGUAGCAAUUGUUUUUUCUGCUGUUCUAAUUAUCUGUUGAAGUCUGUGUCUAUCUUGUUUGAUUGCAGAGCCAAACCAGACAGUUAUAGAGGUGCAGGUGACAGACUCAAUAAUUUCUCUGUAGAACUGAAUCAUCAGCUCCUUGGGCAGUUUGAGCUUUCUGAGUUGGCGCAGAAAGAACAUUCUUUGUUGUUCUUUUUUGAUGACAUUUUUGAUGUUAGGUGUCCAUUUUAAGUAUUGAGAUAUAAUAGAAACUAGAAACUUAAAGGUCUCUACUGUUGAUACUGUAUUGUUUAGUAUUGUAAGAGGUAGUAGUAUAGAAGGGUUUCUCCUAAAGUCUACCACUAUUUCUACAGUUUUGAGUGUAUUUAGUUCAAGAUUGUUCUGAUUGCGCCACAAGGCUAGUUGUUCAACCUCCCUUCUGUAUUCAUCGUUGUCUCCAGUGAAACCAAUCACUGUUGUAUCAUCUGCAAACUUAAGUACUUUAACAGAGGGAUCUUUUGAGAUGCAGUCAUUGAGCAUACAAGUGGAACAAAUAAAUUAAUAAAUAAAUUGAUGUAUAGAGAGAAGAGUAGUGGAAAGAGCACACAGAUCUGGGGGGCUCUUGUGCUAAUUGUACAGGUAUCAGAUGUGAUUUUGCCUAGCUUCACCUGCUGCUUCCUGUCUGUUAGGAAGCUUAUUAUAGCAUUAACUAGAGAUUUAAUAUGGAGGGAUAUAGAGUUGAAAGGAUUAAGGGAAAUAGGUGAUCCUAAAGAAACAUUGGUUUAAAAAGGAUAUUAAAAAAUUGCUGGAGGAUUCAAAAUCCCUUUUUAAAAAUUUGAUAGAAUUAUGGAAUAAAUGGAGAUACCGCUUAAUGUCAGGAAUUUCUCCUUUAACACCAGUGGCGUAAAUGGAAAUUCCCUAAGAGUGAAUUGAAAGAAUGGAUUAGUAAACUAAAAGAAAAUCAGAUAUAUAAAUGGGAAUACUGGAAGAACAAGAUAAAGAAUAUAACCCAACUAAAGAACAUUUUAUCAAAUAUUAAAUUAAAUUGUUGAAUUUAAUACAAUUAGAGAAAUGGAUAAAAGUGGAAGAAAGAUUCGAGGAGAAAGAUAGACAGUUAACAAAAUUUGAAAUGAUUAUAAAAGAAUGUGAGGUGAAUGAAGAAUAUAUAGGUAAAGGAAGAAUUGGGAAAAUAUAUAGAAUAUUAACUGAAUUAGAAGAGCAGGCAAAAAGUUUAAAAUUAAUUUAGGAAUCAGAUUUAGGAGAAAUAAAUGAUAAUGAUUGGAAAAAUAUUUGGAAUAGGAGAGUAUAUAUGUCAAGAGUUAAGGAAAAUGGAUAUAAAGUGAUAUGGAAGUGGUACCUAACGCCAUGUAAAUUAAAUCAAAUAGAUGAUAAAUAUACAAAUAUUUGUUGGAGGUGCAAGAAAGAGGUUGGAACAUAUAAACAUAUGUGGUGGGAUUGUGAUGGUGGAAUGUAAAUUUAAAUAUGUCACCAAGGAUUGCAUUACUGUUGCUGGUGGAAAAACAGGAUAUAAAUGACACAAAAAAGGAAUUGAUUGUAAAUUUGAUAAUGGCAGCUAGAUUAGUGAUGGCUAAAUAUUGGGGACGAAAUUGGGAUAUUUAAAGAAAUGAGUGGUAUAAUGAAAUUUGGAGUAUGGCAACAAAUGAUAAAUUAAUAACAGAAAUUAAAUUUAAAAAAGGGAUGAUAAAAGCAAACAAUUAUAAUGAAAUAUGGGGGAAUUUUAUAAAAACAGUGUUAGUGGAAGGCAAAGGGAAUAAACGUACUCAAGAAUAUAUGUUGUUUUGGAGGGGAUAAGGGCACAAUUGGAAUAUAUAGUAUACCGGCAUCUUUUAAUUGUUAUAGAAGAAGAAAUAUAAGAGAAAAAAUAGUCUGGGGAUGGGUGUGUGUGCACUGUAAUAUUUGUAUUUUUUUCCCUUUUUUAUAUUUACAUUUAUAUAUACUAUGUUUGCAUUAUUUGUAUUUAAGAUUAAAAAUUAUUUUAAAAAAAAGAACCGAUUUAGUUUUACAGAUAGAGGAUAUAGACUUGUUAAGAAUCAGACAAUGUCUUUAGUUUUAAUAGGAAAGGUUUUGGUGAAUCCUGGUUUUAUGUAUCCCCUCAAAUUAAGAUGAAUUGAUUAAACUAUUAAUGUAACUCUAAUUAAGAACAAUGGAAGUUUAUAGGAGGAGAUCAUGUUAGCCUGUAUUACUAAAUCAUGAUGUAACAUAACCUGAAGCAUAACUAAUGGAUUAGUUUAUAUAUUAGGCCAAAUAUUGCCACAUAUUACUUGUUUGGUUAUGUGAAAUCAUACUAUUGAAUUCAUACAUCAUGCCAAAUCACAGUAUAAUUCUGAGAAUCCAGUGUAAAGGAGUUGUAAAAUAGCUUAUCAAUUAGCAUACACUGCAUUAACAUACUAGCUAAUCAGUGUCUCCUGAUUUUCACAAACUUUCUAGUUAAUGUCUAGAAGGCAAAUCCUACUAUUAUAAGGCAAAUCCACAUCUAUUCUUGGAUUCACAUCUGUGUAGUGUCAUUAAUAUUAUAUAGAACUGGUAGAGAGGCUCUGUCUAUUGGGAUGGUAGCCUUGGUAUAUUUGUCAGAACAUAAAGAGUUUAAUGUCCUUUUUGUGCCAAAAUAUUUUAUUCUUAAAACUUGCAAUUUAACUUUUAGCAUGCCUUUUUGCUGUUUGUAAUUUACACUUGCAUUAUCUGCUGCUCGGUGUGAUUUUUAUUUUUUUAUUUUGCCUUAAAUAGUUAGCGCUGCUUUAUGGCAUUUUUCUAAAAUAUAGUUUAGAAUAUUUUUUGUGUUUGUUUAAGUGGAUAAUAUUUUUAUGUGUGACAGUUUCUAUGUGUCUCCUAUAAUAUAUUUCUUAUUUUCCAAAAUGUUAGUUCCUUUAUGUACAUCAUUCAGCAAGCACAUUCUGCUUCUUUAAAUCCCCAUUUAUGUAAAAGAAAUAAGAAAACUUCAGCGGAACUGACAACUCAAAAGACCACCUCUUCUCUUCCUCCUUUUUGUUUCUGUAAUUUAUAUUUCAGAUAUUUGCAUAUCCUUAAAAAAGGUAUAUAAAUAUAGCCUGGAAUUCUGUCUUUUAAAGAAUAUUAUAUAGUAGAGAUACUUCUCCUGAAACUUAGGAGCAGGGACAUAACAACUUUUGUACACUAUGCUUUUCAAUCUGGCUUUGAUAUUAAUUAGUUUAGUUCUCAAAUUCCCUCUUUUGGUGGUUAUUAUCAAAGCUAUAGAUAACAUUAGGAUUUUUAUAAAAGAUAGUGAAAAUGGAUAUGUUGUUAGUAACUAUUUCAGUUGGGGUCAUAAACUUGAGUUGUUUGUGCUGGUUAUACACUUUGUCAAUACAGCUUGAAAUCCUGGCAAGAUUAGCAUUAAAAAUAACUUUGUCUUUUUGAAUAGUUAGACCUAUAUAUGCGAUGUCAUGCACAUUAAUCCAAUUUCUGUAAAUCACAGGCCAUCAAGAGUUUUCAAUCUAUUUUACAUUUUUUCCUUCUUAUCAUUUAUAUUAUAUGUCCUAUUAUAUCCUGUUUAAUUUGUUUAAGACUUAGUCCCCUGGCCAUCCUCUACCAAAUACUUUAUGCAUUAUCAAACCAUUUUUAGGGGGAGGUAGCUAUUCCUACAUAUGUUAUCAAUGGUUGUUACUUAGCAAUAAUGGUAGUGCUGCAGACUUCUAUUUAUGGAUUGUGUAUUUCACUUUGCUACUAUUUGUUAACAGCAUAAAUAGAAUUGUAGAUUAGAUUGUUAGUAGUUUUUUAAGCAAUAGAAAAUAAAACUUCUCUUUUUAAAGGCAUUUUUAUUAUCACAAAAAAAUCCAAACAGCUUAAGACAAGUUCAGACAAGCAAGAUAUGUGAAAGAAUUUUGAAGGCUGAGCUAUUGCAGGUGUAAACAGGAUGGUGAGUUUGGUGCUAAUAUUUUAUAAGGAAGACCAUAAGAAUUUAAAAGAGGAGCCUUGGUAGUACAGUGGCUUAAUGCACCCUGUUAUUAACACAGCUGCCUGCAAUUUCUGCAGGUUCGAAUCUUACCAGGCUCAAGGUUGACUCAGCCUUCCAUCCUUUCUAAGGUAGGUUAAAUGAGGAACCAGUUUGUGGGGGCAAUAAGCUGACUUUGUAUAAAUAUACAAAAGUAUGAAGGCUAUUGCUUAACGCAUUGUAAGCCGCCCUGAGUCUCCAGAGAAGGGCGGCAUAUAAAUCAAAUUAAAAAAAAAAAAAGGCAAUACUAUUAUAGUUCAGGUUAGAAUAGUGAGUGGUAUUUUUAAGUUUUAAGUUAAACCAUUUUUCUUUAUUGUUUUUGUUUCUGUGAAAAUUAGUAGAUGACUUAAUACAAAAUUAUGUAUCACCUUUCAGCAUUGUUUGGAAAGGUUAAUUUCAUUCAUAUUGAAUUAACAUCUCUAAGGCUUCCUAGAAAAAAGAAGGAUUGCCUAAUACCUCCAUAUAUAUAUAGCUCUGAGCUCCUUAGAAGCAAGAUUGAGCAAAUGUAAGAUAGCAGAAGGAAUAGAAAUAUUAUCUAUUCAUCUCUUGCCUCUUUGAUAUUUCAGAAUUGGCCAGAUGCUGUUAUAUUUACCUUUUAAAAAUAGGCUUGAGGACACUAUGUUUUAGAAUGCAUAACAUAUGUGGAAAUGAAUAUUUACAAGCCCUUAGGUUCUGUAAUGUCUAGGAUACCUUUAAUUUGGUGUUCUGCAGAGAGUGUUUCUUUACUCUUCUUCCCCCUUUCUUGUAUACAGGGGAUUAUGCAACUGAUCCUUUGAGUGUAGUUUCUUAAAACAAUAGUCUGGUAUUCUUUAACGCUGUGUUAUAUACAGUAAUUUAGAGUUCUUGCCUUGAUCUUGGCUGGGGAAGAAGUAAUGAUGUAUAUUUGCAUGUGAAUUCAGAUGACCAGAUCAAUUUAUAUGGUAGGCUAAUACUUUAAAGCUUACUUGUUAAAUAAUCUUUCAUAGAAAAGAUGGAAAUUCAAAAAGUCUAUAUUAAACUGAAAUGUGAGUUUUGCAAAUCUUGCAUUUUGUCUGUGGAUUGAUUUUUUUUUUCUUUUAAAAGCACCCACACAGUAAUGUUGCCUGCCUGGUUUUCCUCAUCACAUAUAUCCUAAGUACAUUAUUAAUUCCUUUAUUUUAAACAAGUGCAGUGACCUACAGCAAAGAUUAAAGAGGAACAUUUUCCUUCUCUUCUCUUCUUCACUCCAUUGUGGCACUUUUAAUAUCAUAUCAUUCUGAAGGAUUCCUCAGAUAUAUUUUUUUCAAGAGUCCUUCGUAGAAAGGAAGUACAUUGUUUUUUUUGUUUUUCUAACCUUAAAUUGACAUCCAUAAUUUACACAAUUGUUAGCUUUUUCGUUUGGUUUACAGAGCAGUAAUGAUAGCACUGCAGACAUCAAUAUAUGGAUAAUAUAUUCCAUUUUGCUAGUGUUUGCUAACAACAUAAAUAGAACUGUAGACUAAAUUGUUAGUAGAGACUCUGAGGCAAUGGAAAUUUAAAUUUCUUUUCAUAAGGACAUUUUUAUAAUCAGGAAAAAAACAUCCAAAUAACUUAAGUGCUAUUUCAGACAUGUUCUGGUACUGAUUGAUACUUUCCUAAAUACUAUUUUAAAGAUAGUUUUAAAAUUCAUUUGAUGCUUUCUAUUCUGUUGAUACACUGCUUGAUUCUCUAAUAAUUCAUUGUAUGUAUUUAAGUUUCUUACAGAUAAAAAUUUCUUUUGUAAAUUACUGUAAAUUGUUAAUGAGCAUUGAAUGGAGUUUAAAAAUUAAUAGGCAGCAAUAAAACCAAUUUGCAGAAUUGUUCUAAAAACUUACUUUAAAAUAGAUUUGUAGCAUUAAAUGUCCUUCUAUUUGUGAUUCUUGUUUCUUUAUUUAAGGCUGUACUUCAGUUACCAACUCCCAAAAAAUCUUGAUUAUCUCAUGAGGUCCAUCUCCCCCAAUAUUCAGUAAUCGGAAAACCAUUAAAAAUGGAUAAUCAAAUUUGUAAAUUAUAUUCGACCCAGUUUUGUCUGAUUUUUAGUUUAGUUGGAGACCAAGGCUGUUUUGAUGGGCAAUUUAAGCUGGAGUGAAAACUGAAAAUAAGCACUAAAUCCUUGUUCAGUUAGAUUUUUCUAAUAGCUUUUGGUACUAUCAAUCAUACUAUUCUUUCAGGUGCCUGGCUAGGUUUGGAUUUUGGGGAUUAGGGUCAGAAAGAGGCUAGCUUGAGGGCAGGAAAUGAAAUUGUACUCUUAUACUGGCCACAGAGAAUUAUUGCUUUAUUCCAUUCUAAUAAGUAUAUGAAGUCAGUGAGGAAAGUUAUCCCACAAAGUGCAGUCAUUGGUUUGAGUGCAAAGAAAACAAAACUCAGUUACAGAUAGUCCUCCAAAUAUGACCAGGAUGGAGUAUCUUCAUAAUUGUUACAUGCCAUAAUAGCCGUUAAGUGAAGUAUCUCAUUUAACGGUUCCCCCAUCCCAGCUCUCUGCAACAUAAUUGUGAAACAAACAUGCAAAAUGAAACAAACAAAAUAUUAAAAAGUUAUGAUGUUUAUGUAGUUACUUACCAAGUACAUCUAAAUUAUAUUAAAGUAACUAAAAUAUCUUUAAAAACCCCAAAGUAUGUCACAACUUUUGAGCACCCCUAAUAUUUGGAAAUUAAAAAUUGAAAAAUUUGACACAACCUCAGUAGAUUGUUAAGUGCAGCACAGAAUUCCUCAGUGAUGAUUUUGCUGCUUUACGAGGUUGCACAACGCUGCAGGAAGUUGCAGAAAGCUUGUGCAGCACUGUGCAAAUUCUUUUAAGGCAGCAAAAUGGGGCAGUUUGUCCAUGGGCUGCAGAGUGCGAUUCUGGAAUCGUGCCACACAGCCAAGCAACAAAGCAGCCCAUUCCAGUGCUAUGGAAGAGUUCAAAGCUCUUCCAAAGGUAAGUGAGGAGGAUGUUAAGGCCUGGUGGGGUGGGAAAAUGGUUUAAGACGACAGGGAACUAUUGGGGAAAGAAAAGGCUUGUAGGGACCUGAUAUUGGGGGGACGGGCAGAUAGUUAUGGCAUUGCAGUGGCCAUAAUUUGAGAGCCAGGUCAUAGAUAGCUUUUGGUGGGAGGAGUCGACCAUAACUUCAAAUGACUGUUAAGUGACAGAUUGUAAGUCGAGGACUAUUGGUAUAUAUAAAAAGGCAGUAGAAACCUUUGAGCCUUGGAGCAAAAAAAAAAAAAAAAGACAAAAUUUAAUUAAGAUACAAAUUGCUUUAAUUUCUAGGAAUGGGUUUUCAGCCUUUUUAAGGACAUGAUACCACUGUUUUCAAAAUAUUUUUGGAUGUGAAUUUCUUACUUGGAUGGUCAAAUUGCAGUUAUAACAUUUAUACAAAUUAACUUAAUAGGUUUUUAUCUUUCACAGACAAGGAAGGUCUGGCUACUGUUGAAUAUAAUUUGUUCACACUCAGAUUAGCAUAUUACAAUUUCUACAUAGACACUGUCUUUGAAAUAUAUUUGCAUCUACUGCUAGAAGAGAAUGCUGCUCCUAUGGUAAUAAUGCUAGCACAAUAUUUGAUCAGAUACUGCUGAAUUCCAAAGAUUGGUUACUACUUUCAGAGUCUGAAAUGGUUUCAUGUAAAAAUACUCUAAAUAGGUUUUCCCAUCAAAUGGGAUAAGAGAAAUUACAUUCUAAAGUAAAGCUAAGUUGGUAUAUAUAUUGGACAAAGCUGCUGCCUUAGUUGUGGUAAAUAGCUCUGAAAUCUAUCUAGAUGUUUAUUCCCUCCUAGAGGUAAAACAGAAAUGUAUUCCCUUGCUUGGGUUGCCAUUGCUCAAUGUCACCUCUGUCUUAUUUUUAAUUGCUGCCCAUUUUAUUCUCUAUUAGUCUUAAUUUUUUUUUUACAUUCUAUUACUACAUUGAAACCUCGUAGCUCUUGUGCCUGUUCUGGGAAGUCUAGGGAGGUGGGGGGGGAGAAAAUGUUUGUAUUUCUUAUAAAACUUUUCAAUAAAAAAAAAAAAAGAAACCUUGUAGCUCUUGACCAAAAAUGGCAUGAAUGUUUUAAUACAAAUAAAUAAUAUUAGAAUAAUUUAUUUCAGAAUAGUUUGUAUAGCCUGUAACCAUGACUCCUAAUAGUUUAUAUUUUGAAUGGUAAAGAACAAUACUGAUAAUUAGAGAAUGGGAUAAAGGGUAUACAAAGACCAAAAUAAAUGUGUUGUAGUUCAGUUUACAUUCCUUAAUUUUUUGUAAUAUUCAAUAUCAGAAACUUUAAGUUAUUUUUUUGAAGGCUGUUAACUAGAAUUAUAGUAAUAGAUCCAUUUAGAAUAGUUAUUUAUUUCUUUUGCCAUGAGCUGUUUUCUGGAUUUAAAAAAUAUCUACCAUUAUACCUACCAUUAUUUGACAUAGUUGGAGAAAGGAUGUUGACAAGCAGGAUGAGAAUAGUUACUCACGCCCUCUGUACCACUUGCCCAAUAUUCAACUACUUAUUUCUGGGCCAUUUUAAAAUGUAGACCUGCAAAACAGUGGAUGAUUGAAUUUUAUUCAUAUUACUGGAUCCUUUGGUCAAUUUCUUGAAGCAGUGAAUAUAUUUUAGAGCUGAAUUACUACAGGUUUAAGUGAGGGCUCUCAGAAAAAGAACAAUAUAGUACACUAGCAGUUGGGGGAAAGUUCUUUUGUAUUUUCUCAUUAACUUACUAAUUUUUAAGCCGCCCAGAGUUAUUACCUUAUUGGGGAGACAGGCAGCAUAUAAAUUUCAUACAUACAUACAUACAUACAUACAUACAUACAUACAUACAUACAUACUCACUCUACGUAAAAGAGACUUAAUUUUCCUCGAAUGUGGUUCAGUGUUUCCUUCCAACAAUUUAAUGUUGUUUACUAUGUGGAUGAGAUUAUCAGAAGUUUGGGGAACUUUCCAAAAAAAGCUAUUUCUUAGCACUUGUUACACUGCAAAACAGCCAUCCCUGCCCCCCAACGAAUUUAAUCUGAAAAAUUAUGAGUGCCAUGAUUAUUAAAACUCUUAGCAUGAAUGUUCAGUAUCAGUUAUAUGCUGAAUGCAUCUUAAAAAAUAAAUUAGUGUUACUCCACAUACACUAUUUCCAGAAAAAGGGUGGCAUGGGAUGGGUGGAAAUCCUAGCGUCAGUCUGAUUUCUCCCCCUCCCCUAUAUCCCCUGCCCGCCUGUCUACUGCAUAGGGCCUUUUUCUGCCCCUUGACAGUUUCUGCCUAACAAAUGGUGUUUCUUUUUUACAGCAUAAUGAUCCGGGACUUGUUGUGGUGAUGGUAAACUUAGUGGUAGAACAGAUCCCAUCCCUAUCGUUGUCAAAUAUGAUGUCAUGGGCAUGGGACGGAUGGAAAUGGAGCUUGAUUAUGCUGAAGAUGCUACAGAAAGGAGGCGGGUCUUGGAAGUGGAGAAGGAAGAUACUGAAGAACUCAGGCAAAAAUACAAGGAUUACGUGGACAAAGAAAAGGCAAUUGCCAAGGCACUUGAAGACCUUCGAGCCAAUUUUUAUUGUGAGCUAUGUGAUAAGCAGUAUCAGAAACACCAGGAGUUUGACAACCACAUAAAUUCCUACGACCAUGCUCACAAACAGAGAUUAAAAGAUCUCAAGCAAAGAGAAUUUGCUCGCAAUGUUUCCUCAAGAUCCCGGAAAGAUGAGAGAAAGCAGGAGAAAGCCCUUCGCCGUCUGCAUGAGCUGGCUGAACAGAGGAAGCAAACUGAAUGUGCUCCAGGAAGUGGGCCGAUGUUUAGAACCACUACUGUGGCAGUAGAUGAAGAAGGAGGAGAGGAUGAUGUGGAUUCAACAUUUCUUGGUAGUUGCUCCUCCUCCUCACCAACUUCGGGGCAAGCUAGCAACAUGACCAUGGAUAAGGGUAUAACUUGCAGCAGUGGACAAAUCAGUAGUAGUCCUGGACUUGCUCAAGUUCCUGCCCAGAUAUCACAAGCUGUUGGUCUGGGAAUUAACAAAACAGGUGUGUCUUUCUCAUUUGCCAAAAAGGCCCCUGUAAAGCUAGAAUCAAUUGCUUCAGUAUUCAAAGACCAUGUGGAUGAAUCCAGUUCUCCUGAUGAUGAAGUUAAAAGUGAUGAAAGAGCCCAUUCAGAUUCUGGAACUUUGGUGGGAAAAAUGGGAGAAAUUGAGGGAACAAACAGCUCUGACAGCAAGGGAGAAGAAGAUGAGCAAUCACAGGAGAAAGAUGCUACAUUAUCAAAGCUAAAAAAAAUGAAACGAGAUGAUGGACCAGUGGCAGUAGAACCAGAAUAUUAUCACUAUAUUCCCCCUGCACAUUGUAAAGUGAAGCCCAACUUUCAGUUUUUGCUGUUUAUGAAGGCAACGGACCAAGUAGAAGCAGAAGCCGCAAGCAAAAAAAUAGCUCGUGAAAGGAAACAAAACAAUUCCCCCAAACUCAAAGUGGCAAAAAGUGAUGAGAAGGAAACAGCAGCAGAAUGUGUGAUCCCUCAGAAGGAGCAGAGUCCUGCAAACCAAAUCAACAAAAUGGAAGAUAAGGAGAUUUUGGGGGAAACAGGCAAGCAAGAAGAAAAACAACUUAAAGGAAAUAAUUCUCUAGAUUCAGAUGUCAUUAAAGAGAUUCCCCAGGCUCCAGGAACUAGUAAAGAAACCGCAGAAGGGCCUAAACAUUUAACAGGGCCGUUCUUCCCUGUUCUGAGUAAAGAUGAGAGCACCACCCUCCAGUGGCCUUCAGAACUGCUGAUCUUCACCAGAGCAGAACCCUCUGUGUCAUAUAGCUGCAAUCCCUUAUAUUUUGACUUUAAGCGGUCUCGUAACAAAGACACUAAAAUGAAAGGAACGGAAAAACAGAAAGGUACACCAAACCUUUCAAAGGAAAAAGUGCAGGCUACCGGAGAUAGUGAUGCAAGCAAAAGCAAAGAGAAGGACAUUGUAGCUGGCAGUUCAACUGCAGUGCCGGAAAGCAAGACCUUUGUAAUGUGUGGCAAGCAGGAAAUCAGCCCUAUAAGAACUGGCAAAAGUGAAAAUCUGGAAGACAGCAGUAGAGGCAAUCUUACUAGUCGCAAAGACAAAAUGGGGAAGUCUCACAAACACAAAAAGAAGAAGAAGCACAAAAAAUCAACCAAACGUAAACACAGGCGCAAAUGUGAGGCAGAGGAGAAAAGCAGAGAAGGGGACUUAGCAGAAGAUAAAUCCAAGAAGCAGAAGAAGCACAAGCACAAAAAGAACAAAUCAUCUUUUCCCACUGAGGCUGAACGGAUGCAAAAGACUGAGGAUACUGGCUAUUCUAAAAAAAGGAAGUGGUGUGUACAAGACUCUCAGAGGAAGUCUCUUUCUAUUGAAGAAAGCAGUAAGAAAGAGGAUGGUGGUACUUCUUCCCAAGAUUAUGGCAACAAAAAAACCAAGGGGGACUUGCAGCAGUCUUUGUCUGCAAGCAAAAAGCGACCUUCCGCCUCAACUUCAGUUUAUCCCAGUCAUCGAGGACAACAGAGUAGUGGUGGCUAUGAGAGUGAUGGAGAUUCCUCCUGCCACAAGCACUUCAGGCAGAAAUCAGCAUCACAAUAUAGUGAUGAUUAUGACUCUGGCAGUGACUGUUCACGAAGCCGCUCCCGGUCAGGGCAUAGGCACUCCUCAAGAAGAUCAUCUCAGAGAUCCUAUUCAUCAACUUCAUAUGCUUCCACUGACAAUAGUCGGUACAGUCGGCACCAUAGCUACUCAGAAGACAGCUAUAGCGAUUACACUGACCGAUCACAAAGUCAUACUAAGCACUCCCAUGACUCAGAGGAUGAUUCAGAUUAUACUAGUUCCAAGCGCAGGUCAAAGAGGCGCAAGUACUCCUCUUCAGAAGAUGACUACAGCCUAAGCAGAAGCAGGUCUCGGAGCAGGAGCAGAAGUCGAACUCACACCAGAGGGAGGUCAAGGACUAGAAGUCGAGGAAGGACACGCAGCAGUAGCUGUAGCCACAGUCGAAGUAAGCGGCGGAGCAGAAGCCGAACAGGACAUAGCUGGAAACGGAGUAGAAGUUACAGCCGAGAACGUAGUCGGAGCACAAGAAGCCUUUCACAAAGAUCUCUCUCACGGAAGGGAUCCCGUGGUCAUGAAAGCCCUGGGGAAAGAAGAUCUGGCCGGCGUGAUUUCAUCCGGUCAAAGAUAUAUCGCUCACAAUCUCCUCAUUAUUUCAAAGUCAGACAAAGUGAAGGGUUUGCAAGAAAGGACGAAGCCAGAGGAGAAGAAGCUGCAGGAGCUUCCAGUCUCUCUCAAAAGAUCAGCAGCUCUAACUUUGGGAACAGCUGUAACUCUGAGGAGAAAAAUUCUGCUACAGCUAAACUCCUUCUGGAAAAAAUCCAGUGUAGAAAAGUAGAGAAGAAAUCUAGCAGCAAUGAUGAUCCCAUUUCAGGAUCUCACAAGGUAGGAAUUAAACUGAAAGAUCCACCCCAAGGCUACUUUGGCCCAAAGCUUCCUCCCUCAUUAGGCAAUAAGCCUGUUCUUCCAUUAAUUGGAAAACUUCCUGCAGUUAGGAAACCAAGCACCAAGCAGUGUGAGGAAUCUGGUUUAGAAAGAGGAGAAGAAUUGGAACUAUCAGAGCUGGAUGAAACAACUCAUGAGAGUGGAGACAUUGUUUCAGCAAGUCAGCCUCAAGUGGAGGAAACCGUGGUGACUGAAAUACAGGACAAUGUUUCAGCUGAUCAGAACCCAGAAGUAGCCACAAACCUAGUUUCUGUUCCUCUUGAGGCCCCAGUACUCCCAGAGCAGUAUGGAUCUGGUGACCUGGUUGUGCCGCACAACUUCCUCCCUGAUCCCGAUGAAAAUGAAGCUUUAGAGCCUCUUGACAGUGGAAACCAAUCUGUCUCUAUAGAAGGAAGGAUGGUACCUUUAGUUCCAGAUGUCGAGCAUUUCCCUAGCUAUGUAGCACAAAGUGGGGAGCCCAGCAUCAGUGGGGAGCCUGAAGGCACUGAAGACUCUUCCUUGGCACCUCUGGAGAGCCAGCCCAUCACUUUCACGCCAGAAGAGAUGGAGAAAUAUAGCAAGCUUCAGCAAGCAGCUCAGCAGCAUAUUCAGCAACAGUUUCUUGCCAAGCAGGUCAAGACCUUUCCAGCCUCAGCUGCCCUAGCUCCCGCCACAGCCCCUGCCUUGCAGCCCAUUCAUAUCCAACAACCUGCGGCAGCUGCAGCCACCUCCAUUACAACUGUGCAGCAUGCCAUCCUGCAGCAUCAUGCAGCAGCAGCAGCUGCAGCCAUAGGAAUCCACCCUCACCCACAUCCCCAGCCUCUUGCUCAAGUACAUCACAUUCCCCAGCCCCAUUUGACACCUAUCUCAUUAUCCCACUUAACUCAUUCAAUCAUCCCAGGGCACCCUGCUACAUUCCUGGCCAGCCACCCCAUCCAUAUCAUCCCUGCUUCUGCCAUCCACCCGGGUCCUUUCACUUUUCAUCCUGUCCCUCAUGCCCUCUACCCAACUCUCUUAGCUCCCCGACCAGCAACCGCUGCUGCCACAGCAUUACAUCUCCAUCCCCUUCUGCAUCCCAUUUUCUCAGGGCAGGAUUUGCAGCAUCCUCCUAGUCACGGCACAUGAAGAAGUGAGAAAGAUGUGGCCUCUCUUGGGGAGAACGUAGGGGCAUAUAUCUCUGUGUGCAUUGGUGUUUUGUACAGACUGUCUGAAGGCCAUGACUGACACCAUCUGAGAAUAGUGAAAUGGGAGAACUGGGUGUGGAAAGGGGAAGUGAAUGUAACAUAUCCAUGGAAAGGGGGAAAAUGUUGCUGGAGUUAUGCUUGUCAGUAUUUUCAGGGUCCUCUGCACCCAGGGAGGUGACUUACUCACAUCUAUAUGAAUGUGAAGUUCUUCAGCUGAUAUGUCCCUUUUAAUUGCUGAUGCUUGUGUUUUUAAAUCAUUUCUUUUCCAUCCUGAAAUUUUGAGUGAAUAAUAUCUAAAUUAUUUGCCUUCUUUUAUUUGCUAUUUAUUUGAGUUCACUUUAAAGCUUAAAACUUUAAGCAAAAGAGUCAAGAGAUAGUCGACAUUCAACCCAUUCCUCUUUUCCUCUCUCUAUCCAACCAAGAACCAUUUUCAACAACCUGCUGAUUACUACAAACAGCAAGCUUUCUUCUCAAACAAGCUUGGCCCUGCUAUCUUCCCUGUGCCACUGCCCCAAGGGGAAAUAGAACCAGAAAAUAAUUUCUUUAUCAGUCUUUGAAGCAAUAUGUUGUACUGGAAUCCUGGGAACAUCCAGAAUAUGACUUGUAUUCUGUCCUCUGUAAUAUUUGAUGGUUCCUUAUUAACUUAUAAUUUUUUUUCAGAAAAGAAAAGGUUUUUAAAAAUUGCACUGAACUCUGUACAUGUCAAUGCUGCUUUUUGUAGCUCUUCUGACAAAUGUUCCAUAAUGAUAGUAUACUGCAAUAACAUUUUUAUAGCUUGCUCUCUGAGUGGUACUUGUUCAGGUUGUUUGAGUUAUCUAUACAUUUUGAUGUAGUUGGAAAGAAAGCUUGCAACAAAGGUUCAGAGCUCAUUGUGGCAAAGGCAUAAGAAGACUUCAAGCAUGUCUAUUCAAACUCAGUUUUGUUUUCUUGGGUACCAUGGAAAAUAAAAAAAUAGGAAUUAUUUUCUACUAGAGAAAAUGUGACGAGAUUUGGAAUAAAGUAAGGAGCAGUGAUAGGAACCUUUUUGUACCAUAGCUAAUGAAUUCCAGUGACUAUAGUGACAUAUCUUGGAACAUCUGUGGAGCCUGUGUGAUACUUUGGUCUUGACUGCAUCUUCUUGUCAGGAGCCAGGCUGCUAUUUGGAGAGAAGUAACCCAUUGAAUGGGUAAAAAAGGAAGUCCAAAUGACUUUCAAAUCAGAAGAAAAGGUGUAUCCCACAGAAAAAUCUCAAAAGUCUAAUAAUUUUUUGGGGGGACCUACCGUAAGUCUUUGCAGCAACAAAAUUUCUAUAUAGAGGUGUGUGUGUGUGUGUGUGUGUGUGUGUGUGCGCGCGCGCUUUUGUGUGUGUAUCUAUGCACGCACACUUGUGUUUAUGUUAAGGCUGUUGUUUAAACGUGUGCCUUUACUGUAUAUGCUUUGGAAAGAUUCUGAGUGGUGUGUUUUUAUUCGGAUUCUUCCAAAAAAGGAAGUGAAAGGUUACCUGAUUUCACAGCUGUCCCUUUUAAUGGAGAGAAUGUCUGCCUUAAGAGAGACAUAAUAAUUUUGUUACAUUUAAUUCUUCUACUUAAUUUCUUCAUCUGGGGGGAGGGGGGAAGUAGGCAAGAAAAGAAAGUGAGCUUUCUGUGAAGCCAUGGCUAUUUAUAACAUAACUGUCCAACUACUGCUAAUGUUGAUCAUGGAAAAUGGCCUCCACUCCAAAACUUCCAAUAUAACCAUUGUUAAUUGCUUAUCUGAAUAUUUCAGGCUCUGGGCUUCCUCUCCUUUGCUAGUUAAAAAAAUAGCACUGGAAAAAGCUGUACUGACCAAGGAACUCAGUAUCUAUGAUAAUUGCUUAGAAAACUGAGGUAGCAAAACAGUAUUACUGUAAUUAUUGAGUGCUCCAUUUGCCUGAGAUUAAGACCCAAGCUCCAGCAUUCCAAUGGGGCACAAGAGGAGACUGGACUUCUGCAAGAACUAUUCCAACAAAGAACACACUCUUAUUUCAGUAUCAGCAGGCUAUAUUAAAUUUUGUCACAUGUAAGUGUGUGUGUGUGUGUGUACAUACAUACACACAUACAUACAUACAUACAUACAUACAUAUAUAUAUAUAUAUAUCACAUACAUGCUAUAAAAAUGAGGAAAAUGAACUUUAUAAUAAACAUUGCGUGGGCGAAAGUGUAUAUUCUUGUUUCCAAAGAAGCAGAAUCAAGUUGCUAGUUCUCAUAUUGUAACACCCACUUUUUAAAUAGGAUUUAGCAGAAAGAAGUCCUAUAGACCUGGCUCAAUACAUUACAUAUGGUUUAUCUAACCAUAUGUGAACUGCAUAUUGCAUGUGCAAUAACGUUCAUUCUGAUACUUUGAAGCAUGUGAAAUACAACUUAUAAAAAAUAUUUGGGUAUAAAAUACCAUUCACACUGAUGUUCCAAUAUACUAUUCAAACAUUACUUUUAAAAAAGCAUGGAGAAACUUGGAAAAAAGAUUACAAUAGAAGGCUUUUGUUUACCAUCUCUUGCACUUUCAGUCUAGAGAAAACACUCAGGUCUACCCAAAGAAUUAGUAACUUAAGGCAAUGAAGAAAAUGACUCUCUGUUCCCCUGCAGAAAAAUUCAGAUACUCUAUUAAUUAACUCAGGAGGAGAGAGUGGAAUUGUAGAGUGUGGAGAAGCUGCUACAAUUGUCAUUCAACCUCCAACAUCUGUCAGGAAGGGCAACUCCCUCCAUUACCAUAUGUUACCUAUACUAUAUGUUACCUCCUCUUAAUCCACUUAACAAUUGUUUUUGGCAUGAGGACAUAUUUCUAGGUAGAGUACUGAGCUGUAACCAGCCAUUUUUACUUUUCAAGAAAAGUUACAGCUUCCAUUUGGGUGUUAUUCUUGAAAUAAAAGUGCUUUUAAUUCGCUUUGAAGCAUAGUAGCCUCCUAUUUUUGGUGUUUUUUAAUGUUAAAAAGCAGGUGGAAUUUGACAAGCCCCAAGAAAAUACGUGUAUGUCCCCAGCUGCUAUUACUACAAUGAACUCAUAACUAUCCAGAAGAGAUUAUGAUUUUAUACUAAUUUAUAGAAAAUACUCCAUGCGUAGAAUGUUUAUAGGCCUGUGUCGUCAAACAUGGAUCAAUGAAUAUCAACAAGCAGUCAACCUGAACCUAUUAAGAAAUUUCAGGCCCAUCACCAGCAUUAAGAAUAAAAUAACUAUAGCACUGAAACCUGGGCUAAUGCUAGUGUAAAGGAAAAAGAAUUGUGGGUUGUCAAGAGUGAAAACAUUAGUCUAGAGGAAUUUCAUUUUUAAUAAUACUUUUUAAAGGGAAUCGUCUAGUCAAUAUAUGGCUUUUUGAUAAGGCCUAUGCUGGUUUCUCCAUGCAUACUGGAGUAACUGCACUAAGUUGAUAACAAGGCCCCGUACAUGUAUGCAAAGCAGGAACAGUUCCCACCGUUCCCUACAGAUAAGGCUACAAAGUCAAUUUUACAAUUCUUUUUGUCCUGCAAACCUAAUUGAGCCAUAGUUUCAGAUGGGAGAGAAUCAUUUUGUAUGUUUAAAAUAACUCUUGUCAGUUAAUACAGAUUUUGAAAACUGAUGUUCAAAUUAAAAGUCCUAUCUCAGAACUCUUGAUGUCCUUUUCAUGUCCUAUGUUGUACAGCAAAGACCUUAUGUUUGAAAACUACACAGCCUAGACUGUUUGAUUUCUAUUACUAAAGGCUGUCAUAGUAAUGCCAGAUUUAUUACUCUAUUUACUUUAUUAACUGAUUAAAGGCUUAAUAUAUAUUGCAAAUCUGAUUUAAAAAUACACUUCAAUUAUUUUCAUCACAUUUGCUUUUGACUAAAGGCUAUUUGUAGUCAUUUCAAUUGGCGCUCUUCAAAUUGAGGUAAUGUACUCUUAAAUUUAAUGCCACUUGCAGUCUUUCUAUAUGAUACACUCUUACUAUAUAAGAUUGCAUCAUAAGCAAAUACUAACAAGAUUUCAUUGUUUUAAAAAUGUAACUUGAAAAACAGUAUUUAUAUAGUAUUUUUAAAUAUUACAAAUAAUACAGAUAAUUAAAAUACCUCUUAUAUUCAACAGAAACCUGAGGCUGAUCAUAAACUCAUUUCUAGAACCCAGUUGAAGUGAAUUAAAUGAGUUCAUCAGAUGGCAAUUUAACAGCAAUGCAAAAUAAAUACAGGACGGUAUAUGUAUUCUUGUCAAUAAAUAUGCCUUGGGACUCUAGUGAUGUUCUGUUGAAGACACAUUAUUGUUACUAUUCUAGCUAUUCUUUCCCUAAAGUACAAGACAUUAUUUGGUGUUAACCUUCCUCUGCCUAACUUGAUUUGUAAUUUGGAAUCUCUGUAGGUUAGACAUCAAAUAUUUUUUUUUAAAGUUUGUAAUGACUAGAGAGUUUUGACCUAAUGCAACGGCUGAUCUCAUGCACGCAAGUCUUGUGCCAAAUGACAGAGUCACGAUUUUAUCUGCCGCAGUGUAGUUUAUUUAAAAGUGUGGAAUUCAAUAGCUACAUCUAAGCUUUUAUUCAAAAAUAUGUAUUACUAGCCUGGUAAAUUGGUAAAAAUAUUGCUUGAAAGAGAUCAGUGCCUGACAUAAUUGUAUGCAGGAAAGGCAAUAAAUAAUUGUUUAGUGGCUAA